CCUUGUCGCGCGCGCCGGAGCUCACCUGCACCGGCACCUGGGACCACGCUGCCCUGGGGCGGGCCGCCCUCUCCCUGUGGCUCGGGCCGCUGUCGCUCAGGCGGGAUCCGGGCGGCAGCCACAGCUGCAGCAGGAGCUCUCCUUCUGCAGCGGACGCGUGAGGGGAAGGCUGCCCCAGAGAGACAAAGCCCGUCGUGGGCGGCUCGGGACUGCCGGUGUCGCGGACUCCCCUACCCCAGAGGUAACGUGCCUGGGGCGCGGUGCAGUGGGGCCAGCCGCCCCAGCUCCACCCCGGCCGCUCGCCCUCCUCCGCCUCUCGCCGCCUUCCCCUGCCCCCGCCCCUUCCCCUGCAGCUGCCCCCCAUCCAGCCCCGUCUCGCCGCGCCCCCAGCCCCUCUUCAGGCUCCCUCCACCCCACCCGCCCCUUUGUCCUCGUGACUCCUCUUCGCAUCCCUCCCGCUGGGGCUCCGAGUCAGGCAGGUGCCCAGGGGCCCUGAGGAGAGUUGAGCCCUGCUGCCGUGCUGGUGGUGCCUUGCUGGGGAGUGGGGUUAGCUGCAGCGGCUGUUGUGUGCUGGGGGACCCGGAGACGCUGCCCCGUGAGGGGCUGAAGUGCCUGCGAGGAUCCAGCAGCGCGUCCAGUGCAGUCUGGUUCUGGAUCCCUUGCAGGGUACUACGCUGGGCAGCCAGAACGGGUGGGGUAGGGACCCUGGGAAAAUGACACUGCCGUUUGCUCGUCCUCACUGCUCUGGGAUUGUAGGUGUAGCCGCCGGAGUUACGGGGGGUAGAAUCGUGCUCACGUGGAAGAUAUUUUUUAGCGUGUAGUGACUGAGUGCUGGACUUGAGGGGAAAUAAUGCACCGAGUUAGCACACCGGAGGUUUCUUUUGGUCUCAGAAGUGCAAUUCUCAAAAGGAUGCAUCAUUCCAUCCAGUACGAAGAUCACCAAAGUAUGAAAGCCCAUUCAAUACCUCAACAUCACGUGAAAGUAUUUCUAGACUCAUUAAGUAGUCAAGGGCCAGAAGAAGUACAGCAAUUUGUGCAUUCUCCAAUCUCGGUAUACCAACAAGGAAAUCAUUAUAUAUACAUGGGCAGCACCGAUGUAUCAGGGCCUUUGUUAGAGUUGGUGCAUCCAGUUACAUCUCCUCUUCAACAUCCAGCACUAAGCUACUGUGGACCACUGGAGCAGCAGCAUAUUCAAGUCUACCAUACACAGUCUCAACAAGGCCAUCAAAUAGAAAUGCAGCAAAAUAAUUUGGUCAAACAAGUACAACUGCAGAUAGAGGCUCAGCCCUCCCCUGAAGGGCAAUUUAAUACACCAACUUCUGAACGUGAAAGAAGACUGUCAUGUAUUUCUCAACCUAUGAAGAAAAGGAAAAUUGACAUGCCAGUAGAAGACAACUACAGUAAUAGUCAAAGUUCUCUGCAGAAUAUACCUAUUACUGUACUAACAAUGCCUAGCCAUACCCAACAGCAGGCUUACAAUUCUCUUCAACAAGAACUGCUAACAGUAGAUAGCAAUCAACUGUAUGGACUUGCACCUGCUACAGGAACAAAUGGCCAUCUGCCUGAUGUAGAAUCAUGGGCAGUUUGUCCUCAUGCAGUUUGCCCUGAAACUCAGAAUAUGAUGAAUACCCCUGUUUAUCGGGAUGCCUGUGGUAUUAUUCAGAUUGGUGAAAUGGCUAUGAAUAUGACUAGCAUUAAGUUAGAAGAAAGCAAGGAUAAUUUUCAAGCUGUUUCAGAAGCUAGAAAGAGUAUUCAGGAGAGUCCUGUUCCUAGCACACCCUGUUUCCCAGUGCAAUGUGUAAAUAAGAAUGGAAAUACGCACCUUCCUCUUGCUGUACAGAGUGGAAAGAGGAUGUAUCAAUCAGCUGAAUACUGGGAUGAGCAACAGGUGCAGGGUUCUCAAUCACUGCCACACUUGCAGAUACAGACUGAUUUACAUCUUCCUUGCAAACUCAAACCAGAAGAAGGAGCUAAUUUCUGGAAGAGCUGGGCACAAAUAAAAAAUGAGAAUGUAUGGAAGGAUGCUGGAAAAAACCCUCAGGGAUUUGGAAGAAGAAAACCAAUGACUUUUAGGGAAGAUGUCCUUUCAGUGCCAAUAGCAGAACUGAAUUAUGGGCUGUGCCUAAUGACCAAAGAAGCUAGAAAGCAAGAUGGUUCCUCUUAUGAAGCAGACAUGUUGUAUUAUUUAUUUCUUUGUAUUCAAAAGUAUAUGUUUGACAAUGACAGAAUUGACAACAUUUUUGCUGAUCUUUAUUAUGUGAAGUUUUUGGAAAGGCUUCAUGGCGUGAUGAAGGGAUGGUGUCCAAGAGUGAGCCCCUCUGGGUAUGUUCUGUCUAGUUGUAUCAUGGAGGAAAUGCUAUGGGACUGCAAACAACUUGGAGCACAUUCUCCUGCUACUCUCCUGUUCACACUGAUGUAUUUCAACACUAAGUAUUUCAUAUUGAAAACUGUGGAGCAGCAUGCACAGCUAGCCUUUUCCAAAAUUCUGAAGCAGACCCGGAAAAAUACAGGCAUCGGAAAGGACAAAUGUUCUAUAAUACGAUUCCUGAGGCUUUAUGGACAGAUUCUGGGAGGACGAAAAGAUGAGACUUACGUGGAACAACCUGAAAACCCGGACAACCCUUUGCAGUGCCCCAUAAAACUGUAUGACUUCUAUUGCUUUAAAUGCCCCCAAGGUGUCAAAGGGCCAAGUGAUGCCUUCUAUCUGGUCCCUGAACCAGUCGUGGCACCAAACAGUCCUAUCUGGUACUCUGCUCAGCCUGUGAAAGUGGAUGUGAUGGAGCAGAUGUUGACCAGAAUUCUGGUGGUCAAGGAGGUCCAAGAAGCACAUGCGAAGACCCAUAUAUCAGCAUAGCAACAAGGACAAAUGGAUAAGUUACAACAAUGCCCUUAUUAUAAAAUUGUAAAUACAAUUUUUUUUCAUAAGGCAUGGAAGACUGUCUGUAGCUAACACUUUCUUUUUACUAGAAGAUGACUGAAUGCUAUGAGUAAAUAGCCUUUAACAGUACCAAUUUGCUAAAUUCCACAAAGUGGAUUUCCUAUUUUGUUCAUAUUUGUCUAAUUAUACUCGCAUCUAAAGAGGGACAGAUGUGGUUCUAGUACUAAUACUGUGAAACACCAGCUAAAUCAGAGUCCCAAACGUGUCAUUUUGAUUAAUUUAUAAGUACAUAGCUCUUUAAACUGAAUUGACAGUGGGAAGUGUAUACAAAUUCAGUUUUUAUCAAAGUCCUCAAUGGAAAUAGUGGUUACUGAAUUAUAUUACUUUACACUGUGACUUACUAAUAGUGCAAUGCAGGCAUAAUUUUCUCUAUAAAACGAGUGACUUUUACAUUUUUUUCCCUUGUUAAAAGGAUGCUUCCAUGACUAGUCUAUUUGCAAAGGAUAGACUUUGGAGAAGUAGUACUUUGAGAGGAGUAGGAAAUCUAACCGCCUUAAAUGCCUUGUGGCUAAUAUUUGUAUAAGGUUGGAUAGCUUACAUUAAAACAUUACUUUCAGUCAGCAGGGAAAGAAUUUACCUCACUUUUGAAAGCUGGGGCAAUAAAGACACCUGAAGCUCUGAGACUGUUCCUAAUUCUAGGUUGUGGGUAUGGGCAUCGAUAAAUUUCUCACUACACCCUUGACACUUUAUUGGAAUCAACUGUGUACGUACAGAAGGCUCGCAUAACACAGAUCUAUACAAAUUUACCUCAGUUCAGUAAUCUAGUGCCUUACCACAACCCAGCCACUUAAACAUUGUAGCAGUGGCUGUAAAGUAUCUUGUUGAUGUAAGUUCACCUUUUCCAGGGAGAUUUUGUAUAUUUUUCACAUUAUAAUACUGUAUAGAUCACCAGUAGGAAAAAUGGAGUUUUAGUGGAAGUAUUAUAGAUUAUGCUAUGUUAUCUUAUUUACAAACUCAACACUAAUUGUCUUGAAAAUAAACUUUGCUUUUGAUAGUGUUGUCAAAAUUACAUUUAAACAUGAAGCUGAAACAAAUGAAGUUGACCCACUGUUUUUGAAUAGCUCACUAAAACCAGACUCGGAUCAUAUUGUGCAUAAACAAUAAAUGAGUUAAGAUGACAUCUCUUCAAAUGCUUAUCGACUGAAGAAGAAUGCUGCCAGUUUAUAUUUGUACUAUGAGUGGAGGCAGUAGUUUUUGAUCCAAGAUGGGAAAUGUUACUAUUGACAGAGACAAAUAUCUAUUGCAGUGCAUGACACCUAGUGCCAGCAUGGUUGAUUUAAAAUUAAAUAGGGAUGGCAUUUGAUCUGGUUUAUACCAGUAUGUGCAUGUUUCUCACUCGCUCUCUGGAUAUACAGACAUACAACCUGCUGUAAAUAUCCAGAAGAAUUUAAAUGAACCUGUUGCAAAUCACCAUUCUGAACAUAUUUUUCUCCCAUCUUUACUAUGAAGAGAGAAGGUGAGAUGGGUAAAACCUAGUAAAUAACCCAGCCCAUCUCUGCCAAUAGAGGCUUGUUCCUACAACCUUCUCUAAACUCAUUUUCAAUUGAAAAUGAUAGGGCUUCUUCCUCUCAAGAACAGCCUCCCUUGUGAAGUGAUGAAGCGUUUCCUGCUCAGCUUAAAUUCUCUUUCCUAAUUUUCUCUCUCUUCCUUGUUAUGCUUUCAGAAUUCCAUCCUGCAAAGAGUCAGACAUCUCUCCCUUUCAGUCUUUUAGUUAAACUGUCACAAUCAAUCCUCCCACCUCCUUUGGAACUGUUUUUUCUCAGAGCUACCUCUAGUUUGUCAAAUUGUAGUAUGAUGCCCAGAGCAUCGUAAAUGCGGUUGUCAAGAGCAAGUAACUGGGAUUAGUUUUUGCUGAGAUGAAUAGGCCAAUAGAUACUUUGUAACUGGAGUCAAACUAGUAUGGUAAAGACAUGAUAUCAAUAACUGACAGACAUAGAAUAGGUCUUAAAUCCAGUAACUCUAAAGGGCUUGGAUCCUGGUUGUUGCAACUACUUGCAUGACCUCCUACUGCUUGUUCUUACUAAGGGAUUUUAAUUAUCUUUAGGUUGAGCUAAGGCACUUUACACAGCAUUUAGAGUAUGUGAUCAGCAACCUCACUGGAAGAUUGAAUGCUGCUAUUGUGGCUAUAAAAGCAUCAUCUAUACUGCAUCUUCAAAUCAUUCAGAGGGAGUAUAUGCAUAUUGUAAACAUAAACAGAGUAGGAAGAGAUUAGGAUUCAUCCACUCAUUUCUGACAAACAAUUAACCUACAACUUCCACACCCUUCUUGACUGCUAAGACACCAGCACAGGAAGCAAAUGUUUGAAGCGCAUCUUAUGUUACUAAGUUUACUAUGCAAUCAAAAUUAGCCCAGCUGUUUAAGUUAGACAUAUGAACUAUUGUAGAUAAAUUUUCACUUCCAAAUGAUACCCAGAGAAAGGUAAAAGUGCUGUAGAAUUUACACUUGGGGAUAAUGUGAAAGCUGAGCUUAUUUAGUCUUACAAGGCAAAGUUAAAUUUUAAUUGAGGUUAGGAUGUCUAGAGUAUGUAACUGAGCCUUCAUUCUUAAGAUCCAUCCCACUUUGAAUGAGCCUCUUUCUUGUUAGUGGUAGAUAUAAUUCAGCUAUAUGAAAGGAAGUUCACAGCCCAAGUAAACAACCUACCCGGUUACUAUUGUCACAGUUAAUAGAGUGGUAUAACUUGGAAGUGGAUAACUUGGUUACAAAUAACAAGGUCUGGUAUAGAUGCUACAGUAGGAUAUGCUACAGUACAUUUUGGCAAAGCAGCAGCUCUGCUUUAGUUAAGGCAGGGAAGCCCUUUCUGUUUAAAGGUUGACUCUGAGUGCUCUAAAAGCCCCAUGUUUAUUUGAAUUGCUUUGAAAUUUGGUAUGCCUCAGAGGAUGGGGGGUAGAGUUAGUGAUCCAAAGUUGGAGUUAUUUGAGCAAGGAGUUUCUGAGAUCCAGCAUUUCUUAAGGUUGACAUUCUGCCAAUGGCUUUGUGUAGACUGGGGAAUCAAACUAUGGCUCUGAUCAUGCCCCAAAUGGUCUGUCACUCAAGAUUUAUCCUAGCUACUGUAUAAUACCUACUAGCCGUUAGGGGAAGUAAUAUUGAAAAUUUUAUUCAAAAAAGUUAAGCCAUCUAGAUGUGUGCUAAUGCCUUGCCACAGUAGUGUCAGCUGCCAACCUACAUAAUGGUCACUUAAUAGAUAGUUAUUGACUCAACAAACAUUUUUGUUUUAAAAAAACCCAAACGGAUAUUUACUGACAAAAUACUUCAUUAACACAGUUAGGGUUGGCUUGUGGUAUUUCAUGCCCUUCCAAAAUAAUGAGUUUUGUGCACUCUGACCUCUGAAAACCAGGAAGUGAAUAGUUAUGGUAUGUGCUAAUGCUCAACUCUUCCCACUUUGAAUGACACCCAAAUACACCUAUUAUCCCCCUUCCUCCCGCCCCCCACAUUCUGCCUUUAGAAAUAGUGAAGAACAGUCAGGGAAUAGGGCAUAUGGACACUGAAAGACAGAGUAUAAGGCAGAUUGUCUGAUAUCACAAUCCUAGUUCUUUGAGAUGUGUUGCUCAUGUCCAUUCCAUUUAGGUGUGUGUGCUCACCACAUGCACCAGUGCCAGAAGUUUUUUCCUCAGUGUUAGCUGUAGGGGACUGGCUCUGGUGCCUUUGGAGUGGCGCACAUAUGUGCUGAUAUAAGGAGCGCCACCGGCUUCCCACUCCCUCAGUUUCUUCUUAUCGCCGGCGAUGGUGCUGGAACAUCUCCUUGCUUCAGCAAGUACUCUUACUCAAAGGUUCUUCCUAUCAUUCAUUGUGUAAAUAGUUUGUUAGGUAAGUAGUUCUUUUUGUUCUCUUAAUAGUUAGCUAAUAGACUGUAGAUAAGUUAGACAGUCCCCUAAGAGACUUAGCCCAGAGAUGGGGCAUGCCCCAGUCCCCGGGCUUCAAGCCUUGUGAUCGCUGCAAAAAGCCUAUGCAAAUCAGCGACCCUCAUCAAAGCUGCUUGAAGUGUUUGGGGAAAACCCAUGUUAGCGAUAAGUGUCACAUCUUCAAGAGCUACAAGACCAGAACUAAAAAGGAGCGGGACAUAAGACUAAGAGCGUUCCUCAUGGAAUUGGCCCUUGUGCCGGUCGCAGAGAUCGGACGCCGUAGCAAUGCCACUGUGCUCAGUGCAAAGUGCACUGCCGGCACUGGCCUCCCAACGCCGGUCCCCGGUACCUGCUGAGAAGCAGAGGAAGCACACCGGGAGAUGGCAUUCCCUGACAUCCCAUACUGAAAAGUGAAAGUCCAGAGAGCAGCAUAGGCCUGGGCGGGGCAGCAUGUCUCCGGAGCCCAGCCAGGUACAUGCAUCGCUGGUGAGGCUAUCCAGCCACACUGGGUAGUGGCGGAGGUCCCAUCCACGCCGGAGGCCUUCCAGACUGCAAAAGACAUCAUGUCUUUGCCGUUGCCAUUUCUAGAGGGAAGCCAGCACUGGGGCCCAUGCAAUGGGCUCUGUCUGUGUGGCAUCUCUCCCCAGCACCGUGGUGGUUGACGUCGAAGCAGUGAUCCUCAGGAACGUGCUUCUUCACUGACCGGAGUUCCCAGCACCAUUUGCUGGACUCUUGGCACUGGUCCCCCAAGGCGUGGCAUCGCUCGCCCAAUGUUUGGCGCAGAGCAGUAGCACACCACCAGUCCCUGGAAUCAUGGCACUGGUCACUGGAGCACAGGCAUCGCUCCUCAGGGCAAAGAAGUUCACUAAGACCAUGCCGCCGAUCCCUGGGACCAUAAGACUGGUCCCCGGUGCCGAGAUGCAGAUUGCCAGACUUAUGGCACCGAUGCCAGGGGUCGAGGUGGCUUUCUCUGCCAUCUCAUUCUCUGUCGCCGGACUCCCACUGCCAUUCCCAGAGCUUUAGGCGUAGAUUGCUAGUGUACUGUUGCUGAUUCGCCGAGCUCUGCCACCGGUCUCCGGCCAGGCGGCACAGGGACCCCGAGCCCCAGCCACAGAUGCUGGGAUGGUAGGCGUGGAGGGGAUAUGGACAUAGUGUUGGCACUGCAAUGGUCUCCAAGGCAAAAACUUUCCUCCUCCUGGCUUGGAGGCUGAGGAGGUAGCAGGUCCGUCUUGCCAGGUGUACCCAGCCAGAUCUGGGGGGGGGUGUGGGGUGCUCAUUCAAGGCCACCAGCCAGAGCAAUGGGCCAUUCCGUGGUACUUUUGGAACCCAUGGGGGUUCCCCCAGGCAUCAGAGACCCAGAUGCAGCAUUCAGUUUUGGGGAUUCAGGUGGGGGGUCUGCAACCCAUAUUGGACUCAUGAGGCAUCAACAACUAUCUCAAGAAGUUGAAGUUCUGCAUGGUCUCCCCGGUCUCCAUUAUCCCAUCCCUGGAAACUGGUAUACUGCCCUCGACUUGAAGGAUGCGUAUUUUCAUAUUUCCUUUUUCCAUGGACACAAGGUUCCUGCGGUUUGUAGUAGGAUAAAUCCACCACCAGUUUGCAGUGCUUCCAUUCGGCCUGGCUACUGUGUCAAGGAUGUUCACGAAAGGCUGCGACCACCGCCAUGCAUAUCUGAGGUGCCAGGGCAUUCAAAUCCUCCCAUAUCUAGAUGAUUGGCUCAUCAAGGGUCAUUCACGGGCACGAGUCCAGCACAGCAUCUGGUUGGUGCAAGCCAUGUGCCAAGCACUAGGUCUGCUGUAAACAAACAAAAAUUCACAUUGGUCCUAGUACAAAGAAUAGUGUUCAUUGGGGCAGUUAUAGACUGUACCUGAGCCAUGACCUCUCUCACAGAACCCAGAUUCAAGGCAAUGUCAGGUCUCAUCGCCCAACUCACCAGCCACCCUCUCACCACAGCCACGGUAUGCCUCAGGCUUCUAUGGCAUGUAACGGCAAGCACUUACGUAGUUCAACAUGCACAACUACAUCUCAGACCAUUCCAGAUGUGGCUAGCAUCAGACUAUAACCUAGCCAGGCUCCACCUGGACAGAGUCCUCACAGUUCUGCCACAAGUACUUACUGCUCUGGAGUGGUGGUCCAACCCAGUAAAUAUACCUGAAGGAAUAUCGUUUGCGACCCCGAAACCCACAAUGGUGCUAGUGUUGGACGUGUCUGACUUGCGCCUGGGAGCCCACCUUGGAUCACUGUGGCUGUGAUCCAGGGAAGAGCUGGCAAUGCACAUCAAUGUCAGGGAGCUCAGGGCCCUCCAGUUGGCUUGUGAAGUGUUCUUUUUGCAAGUGUCCUGUCAGGUGGUAACAAGCAUUGAUGGACAAUACGGCCUCCGUGUUCUAUGUGAAUAGACAAGGAGGAGCAUGGUCCUCAGCCCUCUCUCAAGAAGCCCUUUGACUGUGGGACUGCAUGCCAUACACAUCAAAGUCCUACAUCUCCCCGGUGUCUGAAACACGCUGGCAGAUUGCCUCAGCAAGUGCUUCUUUUCUCACCAUGAGUGGUCCCUCCACUCAGAGGUUGUCAGAAUGAUCUUCCAGAGGGGGGGAACUCCCCAAGUGGACCUGUUUGCCACCAGGUGGAACAGGAAAUGCCAUCAGUUCUGCUCCUUUCAAGGGCUCAACAGCAGAUCACCAUCCUCUCUAGGCUCGCUGGCCUUCCCUUCGAGCCUCUUGCCUCCUGUUCUUUCACAUCCGUUGUGGAAGGUUGCUUUCCUUGUGGCUAUCACUUCAGUGAGGCGAGUCUCCAAGAUUGAAGCCCUUAGGUUGGAACUCCCAUACACGGUGUUCUACAAGGAGAAGGUUCAGUCCACACCCUGCCUUCCUGUCGAAGGUGGUGGUGGUGUCUUUUCAUGUUAGCUAGGACAUUUUCCUCCUCAUAUUCUGCCUGAAGCCUCACUUGUCCACUGAAGAGAGGCACUUACACACCUUGGAUGUCUGGCGGGCUCUGGCUUUCGACUUAGAGCAUGCCAAUCCCUUCCUUAGAUGACUCAAACUCUUCCUCGAGGUGGUUGAGGAUGAAAGGCUUCCCGGUGUCUCCUCAGAGGCUUUCGUCUUGGAUUACUAACUGUAUCUGUACUUGCUAUAGUUGGCACAGGUCAUACCUCCAAAGAUAGCGACAGCCCAUUCAACUAGAGCUCAGGCAACGUCCGUAGCCUUCACAGCACAAGUCUCUAUCCAGGACAUCUGCAGGGCUGUAAUGUGGUCGUUGGUAUACACCUUCACAACCCAUUACACCAUUACUCAGCAGGCCAGAGAUGAUGCUUGGCUUGGCAGAGCUGUGUUGCUAUUGACACAUCCAUGAACUCCAACCUGCCUCCAGAAAUACUGCUUGGGAGUCACCUAACAUGGAAUGGAUAUGGGCAAGCACUCAAAGAAAAAAAACCUUCUAUAACCACUGUUCUUCGAGAUGUUGCUCAUGUCCAUUCUAUGACCUGCCCUCCUCCUCCUCUGUCCGAGUUCUAUCGAGCAGGAACUGAGGGAGGGGGGAGCCCCUUAUGCUGUUGCAUACACGCGCCACUCCGGAGCCAGUCCCCUGUGGAUACCACUGAGGGAAAAACUUCUGCCACUGGUGCAUGGGGUGAGCACACACAACAGGGAAUGGACAUGAGCAACACAUCUUGAAGAACAAUAGUUAUGGAAAGUGAGAAACUUUGGCAGAAAAAAAUGGUUACUAAAACUAAUCCCUCCAUUCAUCACAGCUAUACUUAACAGUGAAUGCAUCUGUAGUGCAUGCAGAUAAUUCUUAGUGGAUAUUGCCAGCUCCAAGGGGGCCAAUUAAGGGUGCAUUGGCAUAUACCUAUACUUUGUGUUUUCUGGUUCUUCUUUGAGUGGUGGUCCCUAUGUGUAUUCACUAUGGGUGCACCUGCAUUCCGUGUGCCUGAGAUGAAUUUUUCACUAGCAGUGUCCAUUGGUCUGCACCUGCUCCUCCUUAUGCUCUGAACCGAGGGCUUGAGAGGCAGCAUAGAUUGACCUCCUAUCCAGUUUCUUUCUAUCACUUGUCAUCUGAGACACAACUUCCUCAGUGUCCACCAGCUUUCCUAGCAUUCCUGCUCUUAGGUUUAGCUGUUGUGAAUAAUUGCUCUUUAGAUAGUUUUUAGUAAUAGCGUCAGGGCUAGGGUUUCCCCAUAGUACCUGUACAAGUCUGGGCACUUAGUAUGCCCAAGUUCCCUCACUUCAAAUCCUGCCUGGGCUGCCCCCGGCCUCUUCCGGGUUAGUGCUCCCUACAAGAGCUGUUUAUGCUUUUGUGGGGAGACCCACCCUUUGAAGUGCAAGAUACGUCAUUCUUUCCCUCAAAUGUGACAGCGCUGUAGAACCUCGAUGGAGCCUUUCAUAUGGCCCCAAUCUGACCCUGGGUCUUCUGGCUCUGCCAUGCAUUGGAUGGAGCCACCGCCUAGUGCCCCUCUAGCCCCUGCGCUCCUUAGCUCUGCAUCCUCAGAGGUCAGACCCAAGGACUCAUCCAAACUCAGAAGUGAGGAGGGUAAAGGCAAGCACCCUGAUAAAAAGUAGGAAUCACCACCUCUUGCAUCCUCUAAGAGGAAAGGGCUACCUCUCCCAUAAUUUCAGGCUCUGGUACGAGUGUAUCUGGAGCUCACAAAGAGCAUGGUUCCCUUUGAGUUGUCAUCUGGUAUGAUAAUUCAGUCUACAAAUGUACUCUAAUUGAGUUCAGCUGUAAAAAGUAAGUUCAUAAGAUGUCACCGUAACCUAUAACAACACAUUGAUAGGAACAGGUGCAAGAAAACCAGACAAACUGAAUUAGUCCAAACAAAAAAGCCUGCUAAUAUAAUUCAGACUCUAUUGAGAUCAUAUUUAAUAAACAAGCAAAUGUGGAUCUGGAAAUUAACCAAAUUGGUUUGUUGGGUGUUAGGACUAACUUGUGGACAGAAUGGGCUAUUCUACCUACCAAACCCUUUAGCGUCCUUGAGACUUUGGGGAGAAAAUAACAGAUGGAGGCUAUUGCUGUGAGCUUCACCAUCAUGGCUGCCAUCCCUACCAUUUCCUGUGACCCUGAGUGGUCUUCAUCCUAAUCCUGAAAGAUCUCCUGAUCAGACCAGAGAGAGGGACCCAGAUAACAUUGCCAAGUCUACUAGCUGUAGCUGAAUCCUAGCAGCACUUGGUUGAAAUGGGAUCAGACUUGAACAACAACAGUUCCAGCCCACCUCAACUAUCUUUCUCUCUUUUCCCCAAAAGGAAAGUUAUCAUCUCUGACAAGGGGGUUUUCCUUCUAAAAAUGCUCUCCUGGGGAAGGGAUGUUAAAAAAUAAGUUUACUUUAAUGCUUUACUUUUCAAAUGUUAAGUUUUUUCUUUUAUCUUUAAUAAAAUAUUAAAAGGA